AGUCAUGCAUCUUGAACAUCACUUUGCGGGAUACCGAGAAGCUUGGCGCACGGCAUAAUUGACAGUGAGGUAACAGCGGCAUCAACCUGGAGAAGAAUAAGCCGCUCUGAAUGGUGCUUUUUGCUGCAGAGCCUCAAGCAACAAAUUGUGUCCACUUGAAAUGCACCAUUGAUGAAGAGUCUAUGUGUAAGAGAGAGAGAGAAGGGGGAAGAGAAAGAGAGGGAGAGAGCGAGGGCGACCACACAGUAAACGCACAGCUCCUAUGGCAGAUCCGUUCCGCUUCACUAUCACGCAGUGAACAGUUUUUUGGCUCUGAAAGAAGAGCUGCAAAAAAAAAAAAAAAAAGCAGUUGGAAUACCAGUCGUGGGGCUUUUUUGUUUUUUGGUCAGCAGUUGUCGGAGUUUGCGCCGCAGUGAUGACCAAGCGCUCUUAGCGGGUUAGGAGUGGAGGAAGACGUCCGUUUGCCGUUUGCUGUCGCCUUGUCCGCUGGACUAACAUCGCAUGGGGACAUGAGCAGUGUGGAUCCAUCCUCUAACAAACUGUUGACUUUCAAUCAGCGCUCUGCCUCAGAGGACUUGGGGUGCAGGCGUGGAGACUUCAGCAGGAAACACUAUGGUUCGGUCGAGCUGCUGAUAUCCAGUGAUGCAGAUGGGGCCAUUCAGAGGGCGGGACGCUUCAGGGUGGAGAAUGGCUCCUCAGACGAGACUUUGGACUACACUCCAGGAACCUGGAGGAGAACCGAUGUCCAUCUGGAGAAUCCAGAGUACCACACCAGAUGGUUCUUUAAAUACUUUUUGGGAAAAGUCCACCAAAAUUAUGUGGGCACGGAUGCAGAGAAGAAUCCCUUCUACCUAUCGGUGGUCCUCUCGGACCAGAACAACCAACGUGUUCCCCAGUACCGAGCCAUCCUCUGGAGAAAGACGGGGACUCUGAAGAUUUCCCUUCCCUACAGCCCAACAAAAACACUAUCAGUCAAGUCCAUACUAAGUGCAAUGAACAUGGACAGGUUUGAGAAAGGCCCCAGGGAAAUCCUCAACCCAGAGAUUCAGAAGGACCUGUUGGUGUUGGAGGAACAGGAGGGUUCUGUCAAUUUUAAGUUUGGUGUGCUGUAUGCCAAAGAUGGACAGCUCACAGAUGACGAGAUGUUUAGUAAUGAGACGGGAAGUGAGAACUUCGACAAGUUUCUCAGUCUGCUGGGUGAUACCAUUACACUGCAGGGAUGGGCAGGUUACCGAGGAGGGUUAGACACCAAGAAUGACACUACAGGAAUUAAGUCCAUCUACACAGUGUAUCAAGGUCAUGAGCUCAUGUUCCACGUCUCCACGAUGUUACCCUACUCUAAAGAGAACAAACAGCAGGUGGAGAGAAAGAGGCACAUUGGAAAUGACAUUGUUACCAUAGUAUUCCAGGAAGGCGAUGAUGCCUCGUCAUCCUUCAAGCCGUCUAUGAUCCGAUCACACUUCACCCAUAUUUUUGCAUUAGUUAGGUACAAUAGCCAGAAUGACAGUUACAGGUUAAAGAUCUUCUCAGAGGAAAGCGUUCCACUGUUUGGACCCCCUCUCCCAUCCCCGCCUGUAUUUACCGAUCACCAAGAAUUCAGGGACUUUUUAUUAGUCAAAUUAAUCAAUGGAGAGAAAGCCACACUGGAGACACCGACGUUUGCCCAGAAGCGUCAGCGGACCCUCGACAUGCUGAUCCGCUCGCUCUAUCAAGACCUCAUGCCUGACCUGCACAAGGUUCCCUUUUCUCCCCAGAACAUGUUAAACAGACGGUCCUUCAGCGAUGUGUUGCCCGAGUCUCCAAAGUCGGCACGUAAGAAGGAGGAGGCACGCCAGGCUGAGUUUGUCAGAAUAGGGCAGGCCCUCAAGCUGAAGACCAUAGUGAGAGGCGAUGCGCCGACUAGCCUCGUCACCACAGGCUUGUGCAGAAAAGAGCCAUGGGAGUCCCAGUUGUUCUGCAGCACAUUCCCCUAUGAUAUCGUGUGCGCUGACUCCUGGGGUCAGUCAGUGCUGGUUGCCACAGACGCAGCAGGGGUCAUGCUGCUCGAUGGCCCUGAUCCAGCAGGGUUAGGCAUUGAGCCACAGAGCCUUCCCCCAGUGCACGUGUUCGACAGAACCAUGGUGGUGAAGCAGAUGCACGUUCUCGAGCCUCAGGACCUGCUUAUCACCCGCACUGACAAAGGAAAGGAUGCUCGGCUUUAUGUGUUCAGACUCAGCACAAUCAAGAAAGGCCUGGAGGAGAGGCAACUAAUCAGGGGCAAGUGCGACAGCCGGGAAAACAAACUGGAGAAAACGAAAGGUUGCCAUUUGUACUCUAUUAACACCCACCACGGCUCAGAGCUGAGGAUAGUAGCAGCCAUCAGGAACAAACUCCUCCUCAUCACCAGGAAACAUCCGCGUUUCAGCGCCGUCGCCACAGGAGCGGAUUCUCCAGUGGAGGAGUUUCAGUACAUACGGGAGAUCUGUCUGUGCGACCCGCCGGUGGUGAUGUCGCUGGUGGACGGUCCAACCGGGGAAAAUGAUAAUAUGAUUUGUGUGGCCUACAAACAUCAAUUUGACCUGAUCAAUGAGAGCACUGGAGAUGCCUACCGGCUUCAUCACGCAGAGGCCAACAGGGUAAAUUUUGUAGCGGCCAUUGAUGUGUAUGAAGACGGGGAGGCAGGUCUGCUGUUGUGUUACAACUAUAUUUGUUACUAUAAGAAAGUUUGUCCGUUUAACGGCUCCACACCGAUGAUCCAGUCCAACACCUCGGAUUUCCACUUCAGCUGGAACCAGAUGCCUAAUGCUAUUGUUUGUGCAUUUCCUUACAUCCUGGCCUUCACCACGGACUCCAUUGAGAUUCGACUAGUGGUCAAUGGCAAUCUUGUGUACACAGCAGUGGUCCCGGAGCUGCAGCUGGCUGCUUCGCGGUCAGACAUUUAUUUCGUUUCAUCGGCUCCAGUGAGCUCAGCCUCCAACUGCAGUUCGAGAGACACCAGUUCCCAGAGUUCCCCACAGACGCCCACCGGCUAUGAGAUGCCCAUGUUCCCCUCGCCGCUCGGCGAUGAUUCUAUACGGAUCCCCUAUGGUACCAAGCUUUCCCUGUACAUGUCUAAGGAUGCUGAAGGUGAAGCGACAUGCAAGCACAUUUUUAAGAUCCCUCUGUGUAACUUGGUGGGCCGCAGCAUCGAAAGACCGCUGAAGUCCCCUCUGGUCAACAAAGUGCUGACGACACCAGCCCCCACCAUGGUGGCCCCAGCUCCCCUCAUCUCUGCAACACACUCGCUUUCCUUAUCCCGCAUGGAGAUCAAAGAAAUAGCCAGUCGCACACGGAAGGAGCUGCUGGGCUUGACAGAGGAACCAAGUGGGAAAUCAGACAGCGGAUCAGUGAAACAGAGAAAGAUGAGCAAAAAGAACACAGAGGACGAGCCCAAAGUACGAGCGCUGACGUCCACAAACAGCGACAGGCUAGCCUCACAGUCCAGCGAAGUGGAUCAGGAUGUCCAGCUGCACUGUUCAUCCAGUUCGGAGGCGGAGCCAGAGAAGGCGGUGCUGCAGCCAGAGAGCCCGCCCCUUACCAGUGCGUUCUCCCUCUCCACAUCCUUCGAAGAAGAUGUCUUGGACCUAAAGUGAAGACAAUCCCAUCGUGCACUUCUCUGCCCGCCCACUUCUGUACUGUCACCUUUACUCUGUUGUUUUGGUUGGUCUUCUUUUCUUUUUUGUUUUUUGUUUUUUUCUGUUGUUGAGCUCUGAUACCUUGGCGCUUUUUCCUACAUACCCUGGGAUUCUGAGCCCCCGUUCAGCGGACGAGAUGGGUGCAGUGGAGGUUUGAAGUCAUGUUUGUGUGCGUGUGUGACUUUUUUCAUGAGCAGUGCCCCCCCUCAGCCGCCGUGUGUCAGCUGUUUGUGUCGCCCCGCAGCAGAUAACCCAAAGAGGUUGCGUAAGAUGCCGUGGUGCAUUCAGACUUCUGCAAGAGCUUUGAGAUGCCGGUUUGAUCCUAAACCACAAACUGAAUGUAAAUCUGUGCACCAAGGCAUGAGAAAACUCUCUGCAUUCUCAACUCCCUCUGACGUUGCAAGAGCUUAUGUGUUGUAUAUUAUGUGAUUAUUUCCGAUCCACUUUCAAGUAUUGUAUGAUAUGCAUAUGUGUACAUCUGUUUAUACACAAAAGUGCACACAUGCAGGCGUAUAUGCCUGUCUGGCUUGUGAUGCAUAUUUAUAGAUAUAUUAUAAAAAUCAAUUUUAUUCCCAUAUUUAGUAAAAGUAUGAUUUUUGAUUUUAUGCUCUGCACAUUUUCGCCCAUAUUGUUCCCCUUAUCUGUCGUAAACAGGUUAGACAGACCUGGAAGAAGUCUCCCACAAGUGCCGUCUGCCACUGUCCUCCAUUCAAGUAGACGUCCAACAGCCACCAGAUUUUGGUGUCUGUCAGUAGCAGCCAUGAUUGUAGUCCAUGUUCGAUUACAGUGGUAACCAACGACUGCAAUCAGCUCGGGUGAUUUCACUUGCUGGCGGCAAAAUCUCAAAGGCACAUGCACAAAUCAUUUUAUCCCAUAACAAAGACCUGACCUUAAAUUUGCAUGACUUGCAAGUGUUGUGUUUUUUGCAGCAAAGAAAUCACUUCUUUGGAAACAGUGCGAUCUGUAACAUGAUACCAAAUUCCGAACAAAGUAAAGAAACAACAAACUGAGACAAGAAAAAAAAAGUACAGGAGUAUCUAUAACAAGACGGUGGCUAGAUGGAUAGAGGAGGGAUGAUAAAAACAAAACCAAAAGUGUGAAUUACUUUUACUUUGUCUUUUUCUGUGUGUGGAAUGAAAAAGUCUUUUAUUUUGUAGAGUAAAAUGUGCACUUAGUUAAAAGAUAGUUUUAUCUUUAGGAAAAAUUAGACUUUUACUGAACUAAAAUUAAAGCCUAAAUGAAACUAAGAAUUUUAACAGUGCAAAACAAAACAUCUCAUUAAAAAAUACUAAAUGUAUUUAUACAAUUAGUAUAUUUGGAAAGCAUAACCAUGCUAGCGCUGUUUAAAUCACUGAGUCUAAUUUGGAACUUCAAGGCCCAGAAGCCCUGCUGAUUUUCACCUCGAGGUCCAGAAAUACACUGAUUUACAGCUGGGGUUAUCGGUUAGGGGAUAACUCACUGCAGCACACGGUUAAAUUCACAGUUUAGAUAUCCUUUCCUUACUGAGUGUAGAGGUUUAUGAUCAGAUUGUUAAUUGGCUGCCCAUCUGGAAAAUCUUUUGUUAUUGUCAUACAGAUAAAAAUCUAGUCCAUAAAUUUGGAGGGCUCAAAAGAGACUGAUAAGUCUCUAAUAUUACAUAUGCUCUAAAAACAAUCCUUCAUUUCAUUAAACCCUCUCGGCCUUUUAAAUGUCUCCUCAUUUUAUACUCCACACAUUCAGAUUACAGAGUAAAGCAAUCCAUUAAAAAUAAAACCACUAAUGCUCAGUUACUGUAGAGUUGACAACAGGGAAACAUCAGUAUCUACAAUGGCUCUUAUUAUUACAUCAGUCUGGGAUGCCAAACAGCUAAGGAUGCACCACAUCAGCUAAAGGGUGACAUUCCACAUGAUUAAACCCAGCUUGAGCACCUUUGGGCGUUAGAGCAAUCAUAAAAAUAAUUCUGAGAGCAGAAACUUGGCAAGUGAGAGUGCAUGGUUUUAAAAAAGGUCAAACAUGGUCAAACAAACUUUGUGUAAUUACUGUCACAGCCAGAGGAGGGAGACAAAACUUAACCACCACAGGUUCAACAUGGGAAACCUCCACAUCUGUACCAUCCACCCCACUUGUGAUGUAAAUGCACCUCCAACACUAAUAACCUUUAUCAGGAUUACUUUAUCUAGAAAAAGUUUCAUACAGAAUCUCACAAUCCGUUCUAACACAAAGGGUCAACUACACUUCUCAUUUAAUUUUAGUAAGAAUCCACUUUAUAACACCUAAUUACAGCACUGAAAAGGUUAAAUGGUGCUUUGUGUCAAUGUAAAAGCUAAUCAAAGUGACAGUAAUACAAAGGGAAAUGUUUGGCAAAGGUGACUAGCCUGAUGUAGGUGUUAGUGCAUCUCUGUAUGCUUGUUUCACAUCAUAGCAGCCUUCAGAUUGAGCAUGAGCCUCUUCUUUUCUCAUUUCUUCACACCUUUGCUCUGUUCUCCUGCCUGCCUCUGCGUGAAUCCCUCUAACAGCAAAACGUAACUCAGAAAAAGGGGUAGAGGAAGAAGAAGAAAGAGGAGGAAGAGGAGGAGGAACCGGGAUGGAUUUUUACUCUUCUUUAGUGUCUAAAUGAGGGUGGAUGACUCGGGGAAUGCUGCUUCUCCCGCUUUGCGUUGUUACGAUUCCUUCUGUAUUUUUGUCUUUAGUUUCUACCUCCCCUUGGCAUUUUUACUGUUUUGUUUGUUUUGGUUGGUAUUUUAGUUUGUUUUGGGGGGUUUUGUAUUUGAAUCUAUAUUUACUGUUUAGACUGUUGCUGAACCUCUCUGUGAUAUCAAAAUGACAGAAAAUUGACAAAAAAAACACCAAGUGUCUUAAAAUAUUGUAUCGCCAUCGUUUUUAAUGCCAAGUAAUACUUGUAAAUGUUUGUGUAUCAAAUGUGGCCUCAAAGGAAACUGAACUAUAUUAUUAUUAAUAUUAAUAUUAUUUGAGCAGUUAUUUUAAACAAGUGCUGUAGACCACUGCUGUGAAAGUAGUUGAUUUUGUUCAUUGAUAUGUAAUAAAUAUUUAUGAAAUUU